AAUAUUACUCUUUUAGAAAAAGAGUAGCUAAAUGUCAAAAUUUACGGUUCCACUACUGGGAAUUCUAAAAAUAAAAUAUCGAACAAAUAAAGGUUGUUCUAAAACUUCUUUGAAAUAAUAUAAAAAAGAACAUGAACUAUCACUCAACUUGCAAUUACUGUUAUAUAUAUAUAUAAAUAUGAAACACUUGGCAGAAUUUACUUCAAGGUUUAGCUUAUAUCAUCCUUUGUAUGAAAAAAAGUGCUAACCCUAGCCCCUUUUUUUAAAAUCCUGUAUAAAUCUAGAUUUUAAUAUGCGUAGCGCAGAGUUUUAAGGAGAAAGGAAAAAUCAGCCUGUGAGAAAAAUAAGUUAAAUUGAUUUAAUGAGCACAAGUCGCAAUGACCUAUUUUCAAAAGCUUAGGAUUUUACCUAACAAUCGUUUUAUUAUUCAAAAUAGCAGGUGUAAAAAUUAACCAGUCCUGCGUUCCCACGCCAACAGUUUUGGUUUCAGUUCUGUUGUUUUCAUUUAAAUCAGCUCAAAACGAAAGUUGAGCAAUAACUAGUUUUUAGAAGUAAAUGACAUUGAUUUUUAAAAAAUCACUUUUUUUUCCAUUUUUUUUUCCAAUUUCUUUUCCGAAAUCAAAAACGUCGAAAAAUGGUAAGGCCACAAAAAUUCAAGUUCUUUUUCGGACAUUUAUUGAAAAACGGGUGAUUAUCAGUAUUAAUUUGUAGGCGAAAUUUUCAGUUCAGACCGUGGACAAUAAGUUUAGGCCGACGCUUUUGAUUUUCUCUUUAUUGGAUGUAAAGUAAUAAUAUUUUGAAUAAAGAUAACCGAGCAAAAAAUAAAACAAAAUUAAAUUUGUAUAGUUUUCUUUAAAUACCUCCUAAGCGUCGUAAAUGGGUGGAACGUGCGGGUCCGACGAGCAGGAAAUUAAAUUGGUGUGGCCUAAGAAUUAAAAAAAAAUCGUCCUUAUUUAGUUAGUUGCGUGAUGCACUUAUCAUCAUAAAGGACGGGGAUUUCAUUUUGUAGUGUUGUGUGUACUUUGCUUCAUAAGGUAACUUUACUUAUAAAUCUAAGUAUAUAAGAUUUUGCAGCAUAUCUUUGCAAGAUGCAGGUUUUUCAAGUAUUUCAAGGCUUUUUAUUACUCAAUGUUGCAUUGAUAACCGUACCAUCCACGGCCGGUUUCAAAUGCUCAAAAUGUGCAGACAUUAGAAGUGUUCAAAUAAACAAUACAAACUCGGGUCUCGUUUUCACUGUUGGAUCCUUGAAGUUGCCACCAAGAUCCUCUCUAUGCGAGACAUCAACUAACGGAGAAGACGUAACGGGAGUGUCCAUUGUCGAUUGUCCCCAAAAAUCAUUAGAAGGUUCCCGUGAUAACAGAUGUGUUCAUUACAAUGGGGCGCUCGAUAUUUCAGUAAAGGUGAAUCAAGGAGAAGUCAACGUUCGCUACGAGGGAACAUUCAGGGAUUGCCUUCUCGAAUAUAUCAGUGCAAGUAGCUCCUGUGCGAAUCAAAUGUAUACUCUUCCAGAAGAUAGCAAACUACGUGCUGAAGCUUUAUCAACCUCACCACACGAUUUGACUCCAUAUUCCGUUACCGUUGAUUUCAGUGGUGAAAAAUGUGUCUCAGAUGCCAACGGUAAUUUCCCUUCCGAAGGUCUUAAAUGUGCACAAUGCGCAGAUAUAAGAAAUGCACAAAUUUUGAAAAAUACAGUCCCGGAUUUCACGUUGGAUAUUGGAUCCUUAAUUUUGCCAUCAAACCGACAAUGCGAGUCUACCCAGGGUGUCUCAGUUGUUAAAUGCCCGCAAAAUUCCCCAAGUGGAUCCCUUGUUAAUAGAUGUGUUCAUUACAGUGGAACGCUCGACCUGACAAUUAAAGUCGGCACAUCAGGAGAGGUCAAAGUCCGCUAUGAAGGAACAUAUCGAGAUUGUGUUCUGGAAAAUAUAUUUGCUAGUGGCUCCUGUGCGGACCAGGUCACUGUUCUUCCAUACGAUAGCAAACUACGUGCUGCAGCGAUAUCAACUUCACCGUAUGAUUUGAGUACAUAUUCCGUCACCGUCGAAUUCAACGGGAGAAAAUGUGUCUCGGAUAACCAAGGAAUUUUCCUAGCUGUAAAUAAAUCCCCUUUGAUCGUCGCAAUGACCGGUUGUAAUAUGUUUGUCAUUGUUGCUUCGUACAUCAUCAGUAAAGUGUAUUCGUAAUAUUCUGCUUUCAUUGAAUAGUUAAAAUGCUCUUUUAAUUUAUUAUACGAAAACGAUAUUUUUUUUACGAAGUUUUUACCUAAGUAUGAUACGAAAUAUAUUAAUUUCUUUGAGAAUUUGUACAUCACAUACCUGUGGUCGAUUUUGAAAAUUUGAUAGAUAAAUUUUUAAAAUUGCUAAAUUUUCUCUUGUGUGGUAAGAUGUGAUUUUUUCCCUAAUAAUUCAUAGGAAGAAGUGAAGAAAUAAGAAGAUAGUUUGUCUUGUCCUCAAGAAAAAUAAUGCUUAGUUAUGCAAAAUAUAUAAUUCAUGCGUGAAUGAAAUAUUCCUUCAAACACGUUUUUCUCGUAUCUUAUGUCUUCCAAAGUCUUUCUUCUUUUUUACGUAUUCGUGAGGGUUUAGAAAAUAACUUGUGAAAAAAAACACUAAAAUCAGUUUUUCUCUUUUAUUAAAUGGUCAAUUUAUUAGUUUAUCUGUAAAUUUAUAUCUUUAUAUAAAGUCUUCAUUAUACAUAAAAAUCAGAAAUAUUUUUGUUAUUAGAAGCAUAAAAAAUAAUCAAAAUUUCUUCAAAAUAUAAGAAAAUGAGGAAAUACGGGCUAAUUAAUAUCAAUUUUAGUAUAAAUAUUUAUUUCAAUUAAGUACUUUAAGCUGAUAGACAUUCUGAUAUUCUAUCAUUUCAUUGAAGAAUAGAAUCUUCAAAUCUUAAACAAAUGUCUACAGAACUAUAAAGAGAUACACUUAUUUUUAUCAUCCUUUACGUUGAGAAAAAAGGUAGUGACCUUGACCUGACCUUUAUGCAAAAGCAAAACAGUCAAAUUUGACUAACCUGAUAGAAUCAUUUGGUAAUAUGAUCCGUUUGACUGUGUCAAAAUUUCAUAAAUUUCUUGUUACAAGAAGUAUGUUUGAUAACGAGAAAAUUCCUUAUCAAUAUAAUGUAUUAAAAUAAUAGUAGGUACGUUUCUCGUGUAAAAGAGUAGAGAGUAAUUGUAUAUUCAUUGUGCCUGUUUUUGAUUUUGUUAUAUUGCACGCUUUGAUGGCACCUGAUCCUACCUCUAUCUUUUUAGAUGUCGGUGUUGCUCUGCUUUGAAUUGUAUUUAGCUUUAUGGAUUUUGGAGAUGGUUAACAGUGUUUUAUUGUCAUUUUUCAUUAAUAUCUUUUCUAAAAUUUAAUGUUGUUUACAAUACAUUUUCACCUUCAACUGAUUUAUGAAUCGUGCUUUGUAUGCCUAAUAAAAUGAGUUUAAAAUUGGUAUGAUCUUAAAUUCAAUGAGAUUUUUUAAAUAUUCGUUUGAAACUUAACCUGGCGAUUUAAAUGAUUUGACGAAUUCAUUAAUUAUGCCUUAAAUUAAAAAAUAUAUAUAAUACAGUAACCUAUACUUCACGCUGUUGACAUUUCGUGCUGCAAUUAGAAAGGUAUUUAAAGGUUUCAUUGAAAGGAAGUAAAUUGUAUUUUGAAUCAAACUGUGAAAAUAACAAGAAACUUAGAGACAUGCGGAAAUUAAAAAAAAGAUAGUUUUUUUAGAAAUAUUUAAGCAGGAGUUACUUCCCGUACGCGACCAAGUUGUAGAAGAUAAUACUUAGAUUUAUUCAAUAUUCAACCGAUUUUUUUUUCGAAAAAACUAGAUGGCUUGACUUUCAGACCUGCUUUUUUGAUUGACAAACACUAGUCAAAAGCGUCUUUUUUUAUUUAGAAUUGUUUUAUUGUUUGAAUUUCUGAUAAAUUUGUUAAAGCAAUAUGAACUGCAAUUUUUAUGUUGAUUUUUUUUUUCUACGAGAAUGUUGUUUUCUACUAAAAUGACAAAAAUACCAUGGUUUUUAAAUUUCUGUUAGCUUUACUUUUGUGGGAAAAGCCGUUAAAAGCCUUAACUGAAGCAAAAUUGAAUUAUUGUCAUCCUGUACAUAAAUUGAUCUGCUAUAUGUUCUUUAAUGAUUUUUUAAGCUUAUUUCUCAUCAAAGUUUAAGUUACAUGCAGAUUUAUCAUACUAGCAGGUUUUUGCAGCAAACUUAAAUUCCAAAAAAUACAGCUCAUAUUGCUUAAAAGAUUUGUCCAAAGAAGGCAACUCUUUGUAUCAUUUAAACAACAAUGUUAAUUUCUUCUUAAUCUUAAUUAUGAACUCUUUUCAAACCUCUGCACCAGUUUUAUCAAAUUCAUGUAUCCUUGGUGUUUAUUAACAUCAACUGUAAUGAUGAUUUGUCUAGUUGCCAUAUGUUUUACCUUCUCUGUGUUUUAUGUCAAAGACUUAUCAAAAUUAGUAUCUUUUUU